GCUCUCAUUGUGCACUCAGUAUCGGACCUCUGUCCACUUCGUCGACAAACCUUGUCGCCAGUCCCUGUCUUUGUCUGGCUGUCUGUCUGCCUUGACGUGUCUGUUUGCGAGGACCUUGCUUGGCGUUACUUGGACUAAUAUUAAUUUUCUUUUAUUUAAUCUUAUUUUGCUGUUUUUUUCUUCUUUCUUUCCUUAUCCCUCUAUCUCUCUCUCUGUGUAUCUGAAUUUCCCUUUUAUACAUCCCUUGACAAAAGGACUUCAAAUUAUGAUCUGAAACAACCGGAGUAUCAAGAAAAUAAAAGCGAAGCAAAUCGCUCGUGUUUUAUCACUGUUCCAAGACGAAUCGAGAGAAAGAAGGGGCGCCAGCCAGCAUGGAGACGCAGGCCGAUGCCAGCACUCAGAACCGCCCCAGUGUGUACGCCAUCACCGCUGCGGUUGACUUAGCGGAGCAGGACCUCGGCAGCGGCCAAGACCUCAAUGAUACUAAGAGGGAUAUCAAUGACCCCAAACGCCCGUAUAGUUCGUCGGAUGACCUCAGCGUGCGGGAUAUUAGCAACCCGACCACGGACUGCGAGACAAUGAUCCACGUGCUGAAGGGCAACAUUGGCACCGGCCUCCUCGCAAUGCCCGAAGCCUUCAUGAAUGCCGGCCUGUGGGUGGGCUUCUUCGGCAUACCCAUCAUGGGCAUCAUCUGUGUCCACUGCAUGCACGUCCUGCUCAAGUGUUCCAAGGAGCUUUGUCGGCGGGCCAAAGUAUCGGCCCUCAGCUACGAGGAGUCGGCUGAGAUGGCCUUCAAACUCGGGCCAGGAAAUUGCCCCAAGUAUGCAACGGCUGUCGGUUACAUCAUCACGACAUUCCUGCUUAUAACACAAGUUGGCUUCUGCUGCGUCUAUUUCGUGUUCAUCCCGCAGAACAUCAUGCAGGCUUUAGAGUGCAUGGUUGGCGGCUCCGGCAUCAGUCAGCUGGGCUACAUGGCCAUCUUCAUUCUGCCCAUUCUUCUUAUCUGCUACAUCCCACAUCUCAAGUACCUCGCCCCGAUCUCCCUGGUAGCAGGGGUGAUUCAGACAGCAGGUCUGGUCAUCUGUUUCUACUACAUGGUCCGCGACCUUCCCGAAAUCUCCGAGGAAAUCCCAGGCUGGGCCGGCUGGUCGAAGCUGCCGCUGUACUUCGGCUCCGCAAUUUACGCCUUCGAAGGCAUCGGCCUUGUCCUGCCCCUGGAGAACAAGAUGAGGACCCCCAAGUCCUUCCGGGGCUUCACUGGCGUCCUCAACACGGCCAUGAUGUGCGUCAUCAUCCUCUACGCUGCAAUGGGCUUCUUCGGUUAUCUCCAGUACGGGAGCAAGGUCGAGGGAUCCAUCACCCUGAAUCUGCCGCCGAACGAAGGCUUGGCCCAGUCGGUGAAGAUUCUGAUGGCGGCGGCCGUGUAUUUGACGUACCCCUUGCAGAUGUAUGUACCCUUCGAAAUCCUUGCGCCCUCGCUGAGGAACCGAUUCGACAGCCCUAGAAAUAAGUUCCUGGCGGAGUAUACCCUAAGGACAUGUCUGGUGCUGCUCACUUUUGUCCUCGCCGCUGCGAUCCCCAACAUCGGCCUCUUCAUUUCACUCGUGGGAGCCGUGAGCAGCUCCACUCUUGCUCUUAUCUUCCCUCCGCUCAUUGAGGUCGUCACCUUCUGGCCCGAUAGAGGGCCCUACAACUGGCGUAUCAUCAAGUGUUCUCUUAUUGCUCUCUUUGGAAUCAUCGGGUUCAUCACGGGCACCAUCAGCAGCAUCGAAGCCAUCGUCGACUUCUUCGCCAAUGGGCAAAAAGGACCUGAUUUUAGCUGUUAACAUGGACCGAGAAUGUGAGGCCUGAGAAUGUUACACUGUGAAGACCUGGCGGCUGAUUUGUAUUUUUUCUUUUCUUUUUCUUUUAGUGCGUGGGUGAGGGACAGACAGACAGAGAGAGAGGGAGACGGACAGGGACAGGGAGAGAGAGAGAGGGAGAGAGAGGAAGAGGGAGAGGGAGAGAGAGGGAGAGGGAGAGAGAGAGAAGGAGAGGGAGAGAGAGAGAGAGAGAGAGAGAGAGAGAGAGGAAGAGAGAGAGAGGGAGAGAGAGAAAGAGAGAGGAAGAGAGAGAGAGAGAGGGAGGGAGGAAGAGAAAGAGAGAGAGAGAGAGACGGGACAAGGAAUUAGUUUUUAAAUUCAGAAAAAGAUGUAAGACAACCAUCUCCUUUGCUAGUUUGAUGCGAUAUAUAUAUAUGAAAGAUAAUUGGAGUUUGGUAGAAGACUUAUAAUUGUGAAUCAGUAACAAUUUAAGAGAUAUAUAUGGCCGGUUUCGAUCUUAUGAACUAAGACCUAUAUCAAGUCCUUCAAUGUAAUGAAGAGUUAUCAUUUUAUCUUUGAAUUGACAUCUUCAAUUGUUACUCGACAAGUUAUCUCAUGAAAACCAAACAACUUGAAGUAGUCGAUAUGCCAUUUAUCUUAAUCUCCUUCAAAAACAUUACCUUAAUAUGAUAAUGUUCUAGACAUUAUAUUGACCUAAGCCUAAAUGAGUGUAUCAACCUAAAAUCAGCUAUCUUAUGAAAUACCCAUACGCCGUUAAAACUGAUCAAAUAUAUAUGUAUACAAACCCUGCAUUUAGUACUUAGGAUAAGAAAAACACAUCUCUUAAACACCAAAUUAUUUAAGUAACUUUCGAAAACAAUCUCAAUAUACACUUUAUAUUAAUCUAAAUUAAUUCAAUCUAGCGUAACAAAAAUCAGAAUGAAUGGCACUUCCACUGCACCUAACGUUAGACCGGACAUAAGAAAAUAAGGACAAGUCGGUAAAAUUACCUAACAUUGUAGAAUGUAUAUGGGUUCAUUGCUAAGGGCCAUAAUCACUAUUAUUAUUAUUAUUAUUAUUAUUAUCAUUAUUAUUGUUAUUAUUAUUAUUAUCAUUGUAGUUAUUUUUUUGUUAUUGUUGUUAUUAUUAUGUUAUAAUCACUAUUAUCAUUAUUAUUAUUAUUAACAUAAAUAAUAUUGUUGUUGUUGUUGUUGUCAUCAUUAUUGUCACCAUUAGUAUCAUCAUUAUAUUUUAUUAUCACCUGAUUAUUACUAUUACUGUAAUCACUAUUAUUGUUAUUAUCAUUAUCUUAUUGUUGUGCGCUACUAUUAUUACUAUUAUUAUUAUUAUUAUUAUUAUUAUCAUUAUUAUCAUUAUUGUUAUUAUCACUAUCAUUAUUAUUUUUGUUAUUAUCAGAGGUAUUAUUCUUUUUAAUCACGACUAUUAUUAUUACAAUUAUUAUAAUUUAUUACUUUUAUUAUUGUUAUUAUCAUCGUUAUCAGCAUCACUAAUGUUAUUAUUAUUAUUAUCAAUAUUAUCGUUAUUAUUAUUAUUAUUAUUAUUAUUAUUACUAUUAUCAUUAUUGUUAUUAUUACUAUUAUUUAUUAUAAUUCUUAUUAUUAUCAAAAUCAUCAUUAUCAUUAUUAUUAUUAUCGUCAUUAUUAAUAUUAUCAUUAUUAUUAUUAUUGUCAUCGUUUUAAUACGAUUAUUAUUAUGAUUAUUAUCAUUAUCAGUAUUUCUGUUUUUAUCAAUAAAAAUAAUUAAUUGUUAUUAUUUAUGAUGAUGUUCUGAAAAUAUUGAUAAAAAUCGUAUAUUCAUUACAUUUUUGUAAUAUCUAUCAUCGCUAUUAUCAGUAGUAUUACUAAUGUUAUCUUUGUUGUUAUUACAAUCAUAUGAAUUAUGUCAAUAUUAAAUUCAUCAUCAGUACUUAUUCAAAUACCAGUAAAUUCGAAAUGACAAAAUUUCCUCAACUGAGCUACUUUUCAAGCAGUGGCUCCUUGUGGUGCUUUCACUGAAAUCAUCGUGAUUAUUUCUUUUUUCCCUUUUCCUUGCUCGUGUAUAACAUGGAUUUUUUUUAUCCUAAGCUUGUAAUUAUUCUACACAAUCAAAUGAAUAUUAUUUAUUAAAUAGAAGUUUUUGAAUAAAUACCUAUAUUGCG